GCGGACCGAGGUAGGAUUUUGACCAAUGAACAUCGGCGAUCAGGAGCGGAACCUUUAUGGCGCACUAAUGCCAUUAUUUAGUUCAAAACAUUAUUUUAUCUAAUGCAGUAGAAAAGUGAUCACUGGGUGUUUGUGAAACAUCAGUUGUGUAUAAGUGAACUAAACUGGAAGCGCUGUAACGCUGAUUUUUGUCGCAACAAAAUCAGCUGGUUAGAUCAGACGGAACAAUGACCUCGGCAUCAACAAAGGUUGGUGAGAUCUUCUCUGCAGCAGGAGCUGCUUUUACCAAACUAGGAGAGCUCACCAUGCAGCUGCACCCGGUGGCGGACUCGAGUCCAGCAGGAGCUAAAUGGACGGACACAGAGAUUGAGAUGCUCCGGUCAGCUGUUAGGCGUUUUGGUGACGACUUGAACGCACUCAGCUCGGUCAUCAAGAAGCGCACAGUGGCACAAAUCAAGACCACAGUCAAGCGGAAACUUUAUGAAGACAGCGGAGUUCCUUUGUCUUCUGACUCCCCAAAGAAAAGUACCAAGAAGGUCCCAGUCGCCACAGCUCCCCCUCCACCACCCACAAUCAUAGCUGUACCAACAUCUCAGGUUGUAGUGUCGGCAGGCUUACAGGGUCCUUCUACAGGCUCUGCUAGCAUCAAGAAGCCAAAAACUGCAGAUGUUACUCUCAGUGCUUUGAAUGAUUCAGAUGUAAACAGCGAUCUGGUAGACAUCGAGGGACUCGGUGACAGCUCUGCAACAAAGAAGCUCAACUUUGAUCAAGAAAGUCUGAACCUUGACUCAAGUCUCAUCAUGAACUCCAGUGACCUGCCCCUCCUGUCCCGCUGAAUCCAUUCACAAAACAUAAAACUGUAAAUAAAAAAAAGAAAAGAAAAAAGGAAUAUUAUAUCAGACCGGGCUGAACCUUCACAAAACAGCCCAGGCCAGGAACUGGCCUCUUUGAUUUUUACUAUAUUGAUGGAUUCUGAAACAGGUAUAGUUUUCAUGCAAGGUCAGAUUUUUAAGGCUAAUGGAAAUGUGUUUCAUUUUAUAUUCAUUCUAUUGGCCUCAGAUCACAGAUCAUCAAUGUCUUACCGUUUUUGUCAUACGACACCAAUACUUAUAAUUAUUGUCUAUUAUAAAUUCAUUUUAAAUAAAAUUUUAUAUGUUGGUCUUAUGUAAAUGCAUUCAUUUUUUAUCAUCUUUGGGAAUCUCUUCCUCUGUCAACUGUCUAUAAAUACAUGAUAAUGCUAUUUUCCAGUACUGUUUGUCCUCGUGUCAGCUUAUGUAACUUCUAACUCUAAUUUGUCCAUUAUGUCCGAUUAAUAGUAAUCUGCAUGCAUUCUGCAUGUGACUGAGUGCAACACUUGUGUACUCUUUGCUUGUUUGUUUGCAUCAAAGGUCAUCACUGCAUGUAUGAAGUGACUAAAACAGUCUGAAAUAUCUAUUUGUGAAAGAGUUGUAAAAGGUUAAAUUCACUUUUUGUUGGGUGGUCUAUCCUUUGCUCACAGAGGCUCACUGUCAAUAAUUGUGUUUUGAUAAAUUAUACAUAAGCAAUUUAAUAUAAGGUCAAAUCUAUUUAUUCCUGAACAGAUAUUCUGUGACCGCAAUUUUAAACACUGGUCUGGUGUAAAGCAUUGUUUACUUGGCAAUGUGCAAGUAAUGUAAAUUAAUUCAAUUUAAAAAAAAAAAAAAGCUACACUUUCUUCAGUUCUUCUGAGAAACCAGUGAAGAAGGUUCCAAUUAAGUAUUUGUGUGGCUUGUAUGACAGUGCUCUAAAUUACACUUGAUUGGGUAAGCACAAAUACAAAAAAAUAUCUGCAGAGGACCACCUUUAUAUCCAAGAAAUGUUCCUUAUUGAAAAGGAAAUUCUCAAUUUUUGAGUAAAAAAUUAUGAAUUCCAGUGUAGAUCCAGAUAAUGUGCAAAACUGUGGCUUCAGACAAAUCUUUGUUGUCACAUAUACAUAAACUCAAUUUAUCCUAGCCCACUGAGCUCUAAUUGUUCCAGCUAUGAGUGCCACUGAUAACCCAAUAAAAUAAACCAGAAACCACAGUCUCUGCUAAAAGCAGCUGUGUGACAAAUGUUGAAUGACAGACAACAAAGUUUUCUAAACACUUACAGGGUGUAAAAUGUCAGUUACACAAAAACAUUAGUGCUGUUUCUGUAUAACAUGCUAAUUCUGAAAUGGACACACAAAGCCAUGGUUUAUACAUAAAAGGAAAUGGACAUCAUUUCAAAUCCAUCUUAAUUUUCCAUGAAAAUCCAUUUCAUAUAUCCUGCAUAGUGUAAUUAUCUAAGUGACCAUUACAUAACCAUGGAAUUCACAUUUUGUGGUGCGUGUGUGUAUGUGUUUGUGUGUGUGUGUAAAUAAAAAUUAAACUUCAACAAACUUUAAA